CGCCCGAGAGCUCCAGUUUCUUCGCAGAGAAAUGGAGAAAUAGGGAGAGAGAGAGUGCGAGAGAGAAAGAGAGACGAUUCUUCCUUCAUUGCCGUGAUGCGACCAAAACUUCCUCUCGAGAUCGCAAAGAAUUCCACCGCUUCGCCGUGAGAGAGAGAUCCUUCCGUGCCGCCUCUAUGGAUCCACCGGAAUGUCAUUGAAACAUACACAUAUGAUUUUGGAAGUUUGGUUGGAAGAGAAGAUCCACUGUUGGUCACUGUCCGUGCGUUGGGUCGCCUCGUUCUUUGCCACGCUAUAAUUCUUGUGGCUAUGUCAUCCUCCUUCUCCCACAGUCGCGCCCUCGUUUUUUUGUGCGUCUCCCAUCGUACAGGUAGCUAGUACUAGUUCUCGUGUUGACCUCCAUCGCCAAACCUUCUCCAUCCUUUUUCUUCUUCUUCUAGUUCGUCCUCUUGUUGCUUAGUUUCUCUAGCAGGCCGAGCAGCGUGCAAGGGAUAGGAAAAGAAAAGAGAUUGUUUUGACAAGUUUAUGAUAAGGUGGUCGCUGUGCUGCUGCUGUAGCGGUCGACCACCGCGCUCAAAAUCGCGUUUUGAUCGAGGGAAUUGCGUGAGGGAGAUCGGGAAAUGCAGCUGGAAGUGGAGAUGGAUCAAGGGGCUUCCUCCCCCCCGCACCACAACUCGAGGAAGAGGCUGUCGUCCGUGGAGGACGACGAUCUUGACGCGCCAGGAUCUUCGGAUAGCAACAACACCGUGAGUGGCGAUGGCAGCAGCGAUGGCGCGACCGUGCUCGGCGGCCCCUUUGGAUCGUCGUCGGCGAGGAGCAGCGUGAGGCAGUACAUUCGAUCCAAGAUGCCCCGCUUGCGAUGGACUCCGGAUCUGCACGAGUGCUUCGUCCGCGCGGUGGACCGGCUGGGCGGCCAAGACAGAGCUACUCCAAAGCUCGUCCUGCAACUCAUGGGCGUCAAAGGUCUCACAAUUGCGCACGUCAAGAGCCAUCUCCAGAUGUACCGCAGCAUGAAGAACGACGAGAACGGACCCGUGGUCAUGGAGGAGAGGAAAGGCGAGCAAGCACAAGCAGCCGUAGCCAGCGACGCCAGCCUCCUUCACCAUCCUUGGACGCCGCAGCUCCAGCAAAUCCGUGGCGAGAAGAAAUGCCGGGACAAUCCUAAUGCCCAGCAGCAGUACUACGCUCACAAUUACUUCCAUCGACCAGUUCUUCAGCCACUGGAUUGUCAUGCCAGGACGGAGGAUGCAUGGAGCCAAAUCGCCAGUCCAAAUCAAUCACAGGAGUGGCUCUCGAGACUGUCAAUCGCGGCCACUAAGUGCUACAGCGAGCGGUUUAACGAUCUCCAGAUUGGCUGGAGGAAAAACCAUCACACUCUCUUCCAGCAAACUGGAGGAGAUGAUAACACUCUGCGCUCGCGAUCGCUAGAGAGAGAGGAAUCCCGGAUACAUUCCAGCAUUCUCGUCUCCCAGAACAGGAUAAACAGCUGCCCCGCGCUGAUCCACUUUGACGAGAUCCUGGAAGGCAGCAGGAGCGCCAUGAAGCAUCACGAAAACUUCAACUUCCAUCCCCAGCAUAAUCUCGAGGAGAAAAGCCCGGGGUUUUUUAAGACGAUGGGUCAAGUUGAUAGUACCUUGUCUUUGUCCUCACCGACAAAGCACCCCAGCGGCAAAGCUCCCAUGGUCACUGCCUCGGAUCUAAAGAGACUUAAGCUGGCGCUGCUUGACCCAAUCCAAGCUCCAAACGGUGUCAAGUUGGAGCUCACCAUGGCCACUGGGGACGCCUAAAACUCGCCGAAAUAACACACAUUACUAUACCUCUAUGUUACAACUCUUAGAAACUCUGCUAGAUAACGGACCUUUGUACAAAAACGACUUUGGAGCCCAGAGAGCUGACCUUCUACUAAACUGUUCUUUCCUC